UGCAGAAGGGUGGCUUGGAGGAGAGGUAACCAGAGGGCUCAUCUCCAAGGCUGUUAGGGCUGCAUGGCUUUGGUGCCAGAGUCAAGCGGCAGAGGAGUUACUGAGCUGGGCUAGGAUCUCGGCCGCUGCUCACUAUCCUAUGUCAUUUACCCUCUGAGCUCAGGUUCUUGACCUGCAAAGGGGGUUAGUCACCGGGCCUGCUGGUUGAGUUGGUUAGUGGUAGUAAUUGGGUUAGUGCGCAGAGUGCGGUGCCAGAGUUGGUGUGCCAGCUCCUCUGCCUCGCUGUUUGAACUCACCAUGUGGAGAGUGCUCAGCACAGAGCUGGACCUCGCUGGGCCCAGGUCAGGCUGAGGGUCGGAGUGGGUUCUCCUGCCCAGGGAAUCACUUUUCCCCCCUCUGCCCCCAGACGCCAUGGAGGUGGUGCUGAUCUUCCUGUGCAGCCUGCUGGCCCCCGCCGUCCUGGCCAGUGCUGACGAGCAGGAGAAGGAAAAGGACCCUUUCCAUUAUGAUUACCAGACCCUGAGGAUCGGGGGGCUGGUGUGUGCUGUGGCCUUCUUCUCUGUCGGGAUCCUCCUCAUCCUCAGUCGCAGAUGCAAGUGCAGUUUCAGUCAGAAGCCCCGGGCUCCAGGGGAGGAGGAGACCCAAGUGGAGAACCUCAUCGCCGCCAACGCAACAGAGCCCCAGAAAGCCGAGAACUGAAGCGCAGCCCCGGCGAGGAGCCUCCAGAACCUGAAGGCAGCGCUUGAACCUUUAGAUGGAAAUGAUGAUGCUUAAGAAAACCAGCCACUUCAGCAACAGAUCUUCCCCCGGGAGAAGUCAAGAACUCGCGUGUCCCCUCCCCACCCCUCUGAACACAGUCCUCUACUUAGUGCCGCGACUAACUCCCACCUCCCCUGCUGCACCCUGUGGGCUUGUCCACCUCCUGUGAUGUGUCUGUGUGUGUGUGUGUGUGUGUGAUGACCGUGGUCUUCGUGGCUGCUUGUCUGUGGCUGACGCUGUUUAGUGAACCUGGACGCACUUCCUGGGCUGGAGCUGAGCUAGGUCACCAUCAGCUCCUUCCUGCUCCCCCACGGCGCCUCCCUCCCCUCCCGCUCCCAGGAGUCUGCUUUUUCCUGAGGGACCAGUCCCUUCUCUUGAUUUAGAGGCGGGAGUAGGGUUGGGGCCCAGGUGGGAGUCUCCACUCGUCCUGGGACUUGGGAAGGUUUACAUCACUCUCAUGAUCAUUAGUUAUGGCCUCUCUUCACUCCAUUUGCAAGAACCUUGCUUCAGCAUUCCACCUCUGACCUAAGUCUGUUCUGAGGGUCUCUUAGCAAUUGGAGGGUCACAGCAAGGGGCUGGUGAGCCCAGCUGCACCUUCAGGCAGGCGACGCCCCUUCCCUGGUCAUUUGGUCCUGGGACCACCACCAUGGAGUUCCCAUCGGCCCUGCCCCAUCGCAGAGUGGCCAGGCAGGCAGGCGGGGGCUUGUACUCUGCCCCUGGGGAAUGCCCCUUGCAUAUCUUCUCAGCAAUAACCCCUUGGGCUCUGGAUCCCUGCCCUCCGUCCUGCCUCCCUGCUUCCGAGACUCUGAUGUAUAGCCCGGCUCGUCUGGGCUCAGACUCCCAUCCUUGCCUUGGGUCCCUGGCCAGCGGCCCGCUCUGUUUGGGCCAGCGUUCUGGGAGGGCAGCAGGGAGAGCCGGCCUCCUUUGCUUCUCUGUCCACAGCCCAUUGGUAGGUGAGCAGUCUUGGCUCCUGCGCCCUCUGCUCCGCCUGUCACCACCCCAGGGGCAGUGCAGCGGCCCUGCGGCAGGUUAGAGACCAGGCGGGCUCCCUGCAGCCCUGCUGCUGGGAACAGCAAGAGGUCAAAGGUCAUAAAGAGUGGAAAGAAACCAGGCCCCGCCCCCUAUGCAUCGUGUUACCUUGGAAACUAACCAACCGCGUGACAGGACUGCUGUCUGUUGUGACCUAUCCUCCCAACAACCUGGAAUAAAUACCAUUUGUUUCCUAGUG